UAUAAAUGGUUUUCAAAUGAACUGAAAGCGAAACCCCAAAACUUAUUUUCAAUCUUCCAGUUUUUCGCGCUUCUGGGCAAAUUAUUGAAGCAAAGAAGUGAUGGCUGAAGAAUAUAAGGCGGAGGCGGCGGAAUCAGAAGCGUCGGUGACAAUGACGGAGCAAGCUCCAAACCCUGGAAUAGCUGAAACCCUAGAUACACAUGGCUCAGUCGAAGCCACUAUUAACUUUGCGGUUCCAGGAGGCAGCGAGUCGACAUGCAACAAUAAUAGUAAUGGUGAAAGCUGUGUAGUUGCUUCGGAUGUUGGUCGAGAGAAGACGCUGGAGUUCGCAGACGAGUUGACAGAGAACGGAUCGAAGGCUUUUAAAAAAGAUGAUUUCGCUGAAGCUGCUGAUUGCUUUAGUCGCGCCCUUGAAAUCAGGGUUGCGCAUCAUGGUGAACUUGCAAUUGAAUGUCUCAAGGCCUACUAUCUCUAUGGGCGUGCGCUGUUGUACAAGGCUCAAGAGGAAGCUGAUCCGUUGGUUUCUGUACCAAAGGAGUGUGAGGCUCAGCAAGAGACCAAGAAAGAAGGUGCUUUAAAUCGUGAAACUUCAUUUGCCUCUGUAUCAAGCAAUUCCGAACAAGAUGGUGGUGGAAAAGGUGAGGAGGAGGAGGAAGAAGAUGAUGAUAGUGACGGUGAUGAUGCGGCUGAAGCAGAUGAGGACGCAGAUGAAUCUGACCUGGAUUUGGCAUGGAAAAUGCUAGAUGUUGCCAGGGCAAUUGCUGAAAAGCAACAGUUGGGUGACACCAUGGAGAAAGUGGAUAUUCUAUCAACCUUGGCUGAAGUUGCCUUGGAAAGAGAGGACAUCGAAUCUUCACUUGGUGACUACCAGAAAGCUCUAUCCAUUUUGCAACGGCUGGUUGAACCAGAUCACCGUCAAAUAGCUGAACUAAAUUUCCGAAUAUGUAUGUGUUUGGAAAUUGGCUCAAAGCCCCAAGAAGCAGUUCCAUACUGUCAGAAAGCCAUCUCAGUUUGCAAGUCUCGGCUGGAGCGACUCAGAAAUGAAGUAAACGAAUCAUCAGGAUCAGCAUCAUCUGCAGCUGCUUCUGAAUUGGAUGAUGGUAUACAACAGUCCUCAAAUGGCUCGCAGAAUGUUAAAUCUGUCAAAGAUAAAGAAGCAGAGAUUGAAACACUUGCUGGACUUGCCGAAGACCUGGAAAAGAAGCUUGAAGAUCUACAACAGCUGGUCUCCAACCCAAAGUCGAUUAUUGCAGAACUUCUGGGAAUGGCAUCUGCCAGGGCAAGUGUUGAUGAUAAGAGUGCACCUCCUGCUGUGCCGAGCUCUUCACAGAUGGCUACUGCUAACAGUGAGGGUCAUUUUGAUUCUCCAACCGUUUCAACUGCUAAUACAAACGGGGGGCCUGCCGUCACACAUCUUGGCAUUGUAGGACGAGGAGUGAAGCGUGUUUUGACAAGUACAGGAGCGGCAGAAUCGAACCCAAUAAAGAAACCUGCAAUUGAGCCAUCAUCCGACAAAGGAAAUGGCAGCAGUGCUACUUGAUGUUUGUGAUCCUAAUUUCCGUCCAUGCAUGCUUUCAUUGUUCGAAGUACAAAUUAGUAGUCACCGUGGUAUGCUAUUCGAAUCGCAGUUCGCUAAUGCUUGAUGUUAACAGAUUCUUUCCUAGCUACUAAACUUAAUUAUG